AUGGCAGACUCCUAUGUUCAGCAGACUCUGCUGAUCAGAGUAGAUGCUCCUGAGGAAUGGAGGCCUGAUGUGGACCAGCAGGACCCAGAGCACCUCCACAUAAAGGAAGAAGAGGAGGAACUGUGGACCAGAACAAAGGGAGAGCAGUUCAUUGUGAAGGAGGAGACUGAUGCCAGCAAGUUUUCAAUCACUGCAUUUCCUGUGAAGACUGAGGAUGAUGAAGAGAAGCCUCUGUUCUCACAGCAGGACCCAGAGCCCUUCCAAACAAAGGAGGAAGAGGAGGAACUCUGGACCAAAUUAGAGGGAGAGCAGCUCAAUGUGAAGGAGGAAACUGAGGCUUGCAGGGUUUCAUUCAUUGCUGUUCAUGUAAAGAGUGAGGAUGAUGAAGAGAAGCCUCAGUUCUCACAGCUUCAUAAGCACCAAAUGGAGGACAGAGCUGUUCCAACCAGCAGCUCAGCUGACCAGAUGAAGGUAGAAGCUGAUGGAGAGGACUGGGGAGGAGCAGAAACCAACAUGAACCCAGAUCUAAAUCUUCAUGCAGAUGCUUCCAGCUCUUCAGAGACUGAAGUCAGUGAGGAUGAUGAAGAGGACGAGGAUGGGAACAAUCCUGACUCUCAGCUGGAACAGUUGUCAGACUCUGAGUCAACAACUGAAGACAGUGACAAAGACUGGAAGGAGAGCAGAGCUCCUGAGUCAGCUGUAAACUCUGUCAACAAAUGUUUCAGCUGCUCUGAGUGUGUGUUCCCUGCAGAUGUUCAGCAGACACUUCAUAUUAUUGUCCACAAUGCACCUGAGGAAUGGAGGCCUGAUGUGGACCAGCAGGACCCAGAACACCUCCACAUAAAGGAGGAAGAGGAGGAACUCUGGACCCAAUUGGAGGAAGAGCAGCUCAGUGUGAAGGAGGAGACUGAUGCCAGCAGGUUUUCAUUCACUGCAGUUCAUGUGAAGAGUGAGGAUGAUGAGGAGAAGCCUCUGUUCUCACAUGUUCAUCAUCACCAAAUGGAAGAUGAAGAUGUUCCAACCAGCAGCUCAGCUGACCAGAUGAAAGUUGAAGCUGAUUGUGAGGACAGUGGAGGAGCAGAAAUCAGCAGGAACUCAGAUCUAAAUCCUCAUGGAGAUGCUUCAAGCUCUUCAGAGACUGAAGUCAGUGAGGAUGAUAAAGAGGACGAGGAUGGGGACAGUGUAAAGUCCCAUGAGAAAGUCCUAACAGGACUGAAAUCAUUUAGUUGUGAUGAGUGUGGUAAAAGUUUUAACAGAAAAGCUAAUUUAAACUCUCACAUUAGAGUCCACACAGGACAAAAACCAUUUGAGUGUAAUAUUUGUGGAUGUAAAUUUAGUCGUAAAACAAGUUUAAACUUACAUAUGAGAGUCCACACCGGACAGAAACCAUUUAAAUGUGACGAUUGUGGGAAAAGAUUUAGCCACAGGUCUAAUUUAUACUCUCACACCAGAGUCCACACUGGACAAAAACCGUUUGAAUGUGAAGAUUGUGGACAAAGAUUUAGCAAAAAGACUAAUUUAAAUUCCCACAUGAGAGUCCACACAGGACAGAAACCAUUUCAGUGUGAGAUUUGUGGACUAAGAUUUAGCCAGAAGACCCAUUUAAACUCGCACAUGAGAGUCCACACUGGACAGAAACCAUUUAAAUGUGAAGAUUGUGGAAAAAGAUUUAGCCACAAGACGACUUUAAACUCUCACAUGAGAGUCCAUACAGGACAAAAACCAUUUGAAUGUGCAGAUUGUGGACAAAAGUUUAGCAAAAAGACCAAUUUAAACUCUCACAAGAUUGUCCACACAGGACAGAAGCCAUUUCAAUGUGAGCUUUGUGGACAAAAAUUUAGCCAUAAGAAUAAUUUAAACAGACACACAAAGGUCCACAGGAAACAAAGCUCUCCUCUGCAGUGAGGUCAAAGUUUUAGACUUCAGUCUGCAUGUUUUUGUGUGGGGGAAUGUGGUUCGAGCCUCUGAGUUUAGGCUUUUUGUAGACAACGGCAGUACUUCUGUAUAUAACUUUAAAGGGAUCAGUAGGAUCAAUAGAUCCUGUUUUAUCAUUUCAGU